GAGCGUGAGUAUAUGCAAAAAGUUUUGUUCACCAAAUGGAUCAACGCCCAACUUGGUGUCUCUUCUGCAAUGGACAAUAUGGAAUCGUGUUCACCCAUUAUGGAUAUACAACGAGCACACCCAAAUCACAUGGCUCGUCUAUGGGGGUUGCAAGAAUUUCUAUGCGUGCGUGAACUGUUCACAGAUUUGCGAGAUGGGAGAGUUCUUAUCAGACUACUGGAACAGCUUUCUGGACAGUACCUGGUUCAGCCUGUCGUUGUUCAGGAAUCCGAUGAGACUGGUGAAGCACGUCACGCCAAGGACGCUCUUCUACUAUGGUGCCAGCUGAAAACUGCGGCUUAUCCUGAGGUGGACAUUGUCGACUUCACAUCCAGCUGGCGCGAUGGACUGGCAUUCUGUGCGCUUCUUCAUCGACACCAUCCUGAAAUGAUCGAUUUCAAUCAAAUGCUCAGCUUGGACAAUGAGCCUGAGAAACGCCUUGAAAUUGUCUUUAACCAGGCGGACGACUAUUUGGGAAUUCCGAAAUUAAUUGAGCCGUCCGAUUUCGCCGGAGGUUGGUGGGCGGAUGAACGGUGCACACUUACUGUUGUGGUCACCUGGUACAAGUGGUUGAAUGAUUCUCAGUCUGCCUGGCGCUCCGCCAAUCGCCUCAAUCACGUACUGAAUCACUGUGUUUGCUCAGAUCGAAUGAUAAGUCGUUAUCUGGUUCGUGCUCACCGAUGGCUGAGAUGGGUCCGCUCCGCCACAAUCAGGCUGGACGAAAUUAGGAAAGCGGUGGGCAAUAACGAGACCAGAGACGUGUAUGGAAUGACCGGAGCUGAACUCUCUAUUCGCACGGAACUACAAAAGAUGGCGGACUGGAGACAAGGGGAGAAAGCUGAUAAAAUUGAGGAGAGGGGUCAAAUCGAAUUCCUGCUGCACAAGAUUCAAGUUGGUCAGUUGGCAGCCGCCCAAAUCAUUUUCCACCCACCAGUGGGUUAUCAGCUCUCAGAUAUUGAAGCCGGUUCGAACGAGCUCUCAACCAGUGAGCACAACUGUCACCUGGCCAUCAUAAAUCAACUUUUGCGACAGGCAUGUUUGUACCAUUUGAGGCAACGGUUUGACCGAAAAGUCGAAAUUUUUCUUAACUGGCUUGAUGAAAAUCAACAUCUCAUCUCUGUGGCCGAGCAGACAGACUUAGUCCAUUUUCGAACGGAUGCCAAACCAAUCGACUGCUUUUUCCAACCAACCUUCGCAGAGUUCGUUCAGACUGACUCUGAGCUACACCGCUUUCCCGUUCAAAGCUUUCCAGUUACCACAGUUUGUCGAAAACAUGCCGCUUGGAUCAUUGACAUGGAUGUUUAUGCAGAUAUUCACAUCCAAAAACUAAAGUUGAUGGUCAAGGAACUGGAGUUUGGGUGGCAUUCGAACGAGAACCAAGAAAGGAGACUAAGGUGGGAAAACUUGGUGGAACGUUGGUCAUCACUAAGGGGAAGAACAAAAUGCCGCGCCGAUGCACUCAACUGUAUGGAAAAAUGGUAUCAACUGUUGGUAGAAUUCCAGGAGAUACUAAAGCAGGUAUGUUUUAGAGUGCAAGAAAUAAAUCAGUAUGGCGCAGAGCAGGGAACCAAAAUGGAAGUAGCUCUGGAAAAUUGCGAGCAAGAUCUACUGUGCUUUCUUAAAUGGGAGAACUCAGCCCACGCACUGAUUCAGCUGACAGAAGCAGAGGACUUUAAGAUAAUCGGCUCACCAAUAAUGGAGGAAUUGCGAGACAGUGUGAAACGUGUUGUAAACUGGAUGGAGGGCAUGAACUCUUGUCUCACAUCGAGUGUCAGUAGACUGAGGCAGUGGAACGCAAAACGGCUUCAGGCGUUACAUAUCAAGGAGGAUAUUGAGGCGUACCUCUAUUGGAUCAAGGAUCGCGAAUGCCGUUGUCAGUUGCCGUCCUUUGAAGACAUUGAUCCCACCAACUACAACGAUGUUGUCCUAUGUGCUCAACAUUUGCGGAGUCAACAAAGGAUACUGGAAAACGAACUGAUUCUCAGAUAUGCAGCGAAACCAGACGGUGCGUAUUCUGGUGUCAACCAGAACAGCGUUGAAGAUUUCCAUCCUGUGUCGUGUUCCAGCUCCCCCUCACUCACGGACCUGUCCGUAUGCUCCAUGCAAUCAACAGAGAUAAUCCUUGACCAACUCAGACAGCAAGAACAGAAGGCCGUUUGUUCUGGUGAGCCGUCGUCUGUGGAAUCUCUGAUUAAAAAAUAUGAACGGCAGGUCGAUGCUCUAAAAAGUAGCUUUGGUUUGAGUUCGGAUACAAUGAUGGAUCCUUCUUUCGAAGAAAGCAUGAUGGAUAGGCGGUUCGAGGAAUCCGAACCAGAAUGUGUAUUUCAUCUCCACCUAGCCAGUGCUGCUCAACUCCUUGGUGAACUUUACUGGAACUUGGCUGUUGCAUCCAAAAGGGUCACUGAGCUUUGGGUCAAGGUAAAAGUCUACCAUGAACAACUUGACUUGCUGGAACAAUUGUGUGAACAAAAUGCGGCUAUUGACGAUAUGGGGCGAUGUUUGGACCAAACGUAUCAAAAUUUGGAUAUCGAUCUAGUUUGUGUUCAGUUCUAUCAAAUGGCGAAGGGGUUGGAUGAGAAAACUAGUUCAGACAGCAUGGAGGUGCUGGACCAACAGACGAUGCGAAUCAGUCUGGAUCAUGAGAUAACAUUUAAUUCUCAAAUGAGAAAACUUGAUCACGCAAUAGAAAAAUUCACAAAAUUUCCAGAUCUAGCAAAUUUGAUUCGAGAGAGGCUACUGCAGUAUCUUCCAUCAAAACCAACCGUAACUCAAAUGGACGUUGAAAUGGAUAAUUUGACCUGGGCAAGGUCGGGUUCACAGACAUCUGUAGAAGAGUCCCUGAAAGAUAUCUCGUCCAUCCAUGAGGUGGCUUCUGAACCCAGUAGUCCCAAUAAAAGUGAUUCAGACUCGGGAGGAGAAGGAGAGUAUGUGAAAAAUUCCGAGGAUCUCAUAGAACAUCUGGGAAAAGCACAUGGCUCACCAAAUAGAAAAGUGAGCAAGGAAGUUGAAGACGUCGUGGAAGAGAUGGAUCCGGUCCCCGAAGUAACUGUGGUUGAUGAACAGCAUGGUUCACUUGAGCAUACACGUAAAGAAAGCACUGCGAAUGUGGUUUUAGAUGCUGAAGAACAGGAAAAUCAGCUGAACUCAAUCUCAUGUUCGGUAACCAGUAUAACGGAGGAACAAACUGAUCUCGGAGAUUUUGAACGCGGAGAAGUCUGCCCACGGCCUGUUCCAUCUCCAUCGGACAUCGAUCUCAAGCUGGUAUUGCAUCCAAGCCUACAGUCAGUUUCUAAAGCGCUACUCACUUAUGUUGACGUCAUGCAAUCAAAGGCUCAACGUUAUCUGGAGUGUUGCAUAGUGGAAAAGGAGCGUUUUUCCUUGAAACGAGAUGCGCUAUUGCUUCGUGAAAAAAUUGCCCAGUUGGGGGAUUGGACUGAUACGAUGUGUGAUAACCUGAAUUCCCUAUUACCUGAACUGAUGCCCAGAGCACACGGGAAGCUGCCGUUUCCAACGCGACAAACUGAGGAGGACGGUAAGGAUAUAUUUGUUGUGGAAGAAGAUCGAACGCUGGUAGCGAAGACUUAUCGAUUCAGUCUAUUACUGAAGGAAAUUCAGGCUUCUACCCAACUGUUAUCGGAAAUUACAAAAUCGGACAAACGAAUUUACCAAACAAUGUUGGAUAUGGAAGGAACUAACUGUUAUGACGAGCUAGCCAACUUCAUUGUGACAACUAUGGGAGGUAUCGUUUUGUCGGAAGAAGAGGGACCCGCUGAUUUUGACCUUGAAUCCGAAAAGGUUACAGAAAGUGAGAGUUUGUCAGAUGCUGAAGAAAAAUCGACAAAAAGGGAGCAAAUUCAUUUCAAAAUAACGGAAGAUAUUCAAAAACGUUGGAACAAACUUCAAAGACUGAAAGAAUCGCGCCAAACACGAUUUGAAACAGCCAAAGGAAUCAAUAUAUUCUACCGAAAAAUCGAACAGUUUAACUACCAAAUCGCAGAAAAAUACAUUAUUUUGUUAUCCACAGAUGAGCUUGGUACUGAUUUAAACAGUCUGAUUCAGCUUCAGAGAAAACUAUUCGCUUGGGAAGAAGACAUGGAACACCUUGGGCUGGGGGUAGAAGAGCUCCGGAAUCAGGUGGUAGAUCUACAGAGCAAGUUAAGGAAUGAAGCUCCUGGUCGUCGAGACUUACGUCUUAUAUCCAGUGAGUGGUUGGCAGCGGAAGAAGUUGGACGGGUUUUUAUGGAUUUCGAAACAAACUGGGACGAGCUUCAGACAGCACUGAACGAGAGACAAGAGAAGUUGCUUAUCUCUGCGGAGCUCCAGCACUUUCUACAG